AUAUUAUAUUUUUGUUAUGGAUAUUGAUUUUCUAAUUAAGAAAAUAUAUUCUGUUAUUUGUACAUAAUUAGUAAACUUUUUACAUUAAAUAUUUAAAGUUAUGCACAAUAAUAUUUUUUUUUUCAUUUUUAGUAAUAAAAUAUAAAUACACUUUUGUGUAAGCAACUAUUAAAUUCUACAUUCAAAAUGAACUUUUAAUCGAACUAAUCUAGUAGGUUUUUAUUACAAACCACUGAUUUUUACAAAAUUUUUUGGAAUAUUUUUAUAUUUUUUUUAAAUAGACAUAAUGAGAUUUUCUAAAUUGAUUCAACAUGUGAAUGUAUUUCGGUGUGGAGUAAAUUCUGGUAGAAUAGCUGGCAGGUGGUGCAGUGCAUUUACUGAGUGCACCAAACCUGGUGAACAGGAAGAUGAGAAAGACCAACAGAACGUUGGACAGGAUGCUACUGCUGAUGGGUACAAGAAAGGUGUCGUGCUUGGCGUGUACGAGUCGCGCGGCAAGCUGCAGCUGUCGCCCGCCGCGCUGGAGGUCGACCAGCGGAGCGGCGGGAAACUGAGCAGACAUCUCAACCAGAUGGAAGGAAAGUUGACGUUGGGCAAGGCGCUGGUGGUGACGGACGUGGCGGAGUACGGCGCGGCGGCGCUGGCAGCGCUCGGCCCGCCCGAGCCCGGCUACAACACGCUGGAGCACCUGGACGAGACCAGGGAGAACGUGCGCGUGAUGGUGGGCGCGGGCGUGAGCGCGCUGGUCGAGCGCGGCGCCGCACACAUCGCGGUGGACGGCGCCGCAGCCGUCGACGCUGCUGCUGAGGCCGCCGAACUCGCUGCUUGGAGGUUUGAGGAGUUCAAGUCAAGCGAGGGUCGUUCGCCCCCUCCUCAACUGUCGCAGUACGGGGACACGGACGCUGCCGGCUGGGGCCGCGGGUCGGUGCUCGGGCGCGCGCAGAACUGGGCGCGCUACCUGUCCGACAUGCCCGCCAACAAGAUGACGCCCGUCGACCUCGCGCAGGCGGCGCUGGACGUGCUGUGUCCGCUGGGCGUGCGCGUGUCGGCGUUCGAGCGGCGCUGGAUCGAGGCGCAGCGCAUGGAGGCGUUCCUGGCCGUGGCGCGCGGCUCGUGCGAGCAGCCGCUGUUCCUGCAGUGCGAGUACACGCCCGCGCCCGCCGCGCCGCCCGUGCUGCUCGCCGCCAAGGGCAUCACCUUCGACAGCGGCGGCCUGUGCCUGAAGAGCCCGGAGCUGAUGCAGGAGACGCGCGGCAGCAUGGCUGGCGCGGCUGUCGCGCUGGCCACGCUGCGGGCGCUGGCGGAGCUCAAGGUACCCAUAAACGUGUGCUGCGUGAUCCCGCUGUGCGAGAACAUGGUCAGCGGGCAGUGUAUGAAGGUGGGCGACGUGGUACGCGCGCUCAACGGACUCUCGCUGCAGAUAGAGGACACGGACAUGGAGGGGCGGCUGGCGCUGGCCGACGCGCUGGUGUACGGCCAGAUGCAGUACAAGCCGUCGCUCGUCGUCGACGUGGCCACGCUCACUCGCGGCGUGUUGUUGGCGACGGGCGGCGGCGCGUUCGGCUGCUUCUCUAACUCGGAGCGCGCCUGGGCGGCCAUGAGAGACGCGGGCGCCGCUACGGGCGACCGGCCCUGGCGCUUCCCGCUAUGGGACUACUACCAGCGCCAGAUAGACAACGACUGCGCAGUAGACUUGAGGAACAAGGGGUCGGGGAUGGCCACGUCGUGCAUCGGCGCUGCUUUUUUAAAGAACUUCAUCUGCGGUGACUGGCUGCACGUGGACAUGACGGGCGUGGGGCGCGUGACGCGCGCGGGCCCGGCGCCCUACCUCGCGCCGCGCCGCAUGUCGGGCCGCCCCACGCGCACGCUCGUCGCGCUGCUGGCCGCCGCCGCCGACGCCGGCACUGCCGACGGCGCUGACACUGCCGACGCGCCGACACCGUCGCCUCAGCCGACGUGACGUCCCGACACUGCCGACAGCGUCGCCACAGUCAACGUGACGGGUUCAGUUGUGGCUCAGACCAAUUGCCUUUUAUUGGACUUAUAUCGCACUCAAAUUCACCAACAUUUUCAAUAGGUUUUGAGGGGGGUGAGGUAAAUUUACAUAUUGAAAAUAUUUAACACCAAUAAUUAUAUCCUGUGUCCUAUACACAUAACUAUAGGUAUAUGUGUUUUAAAUCAUAAUACACACACGUGUAAUUUGAACACAAUGAAACAUCGAUUCUAUAGACGCAGUUUAUAUGAACACCUGUCAAAGCACAUCGACGACCUCUGUGGCGCAGUGGUAUGCGUGGUGGAUUUACAAGACUGAGGUCCUGGGUUCGAUCCCCGGCUGGACCGAUUGAGGUUUUCUUAAUAUGUCCAGGUCUAGCUGGUGGGAGGCCUCGGCCGUGGUUAGUUACCACCCUAACGACCAAGACGUACCGCCAAGCGAUUUAGAGUUCGGGUACGAUGUGUAGAAACCGAUAGGGGUGUGGAUUUUAAUCGUCCUCCUAAAUAAAUUAGCCCGCUUCCAUCUUAGAUUGCAUCAUGACUUAUCAUCAGGUGAGUCAAGGGCCAACUUGUAAAGAAUGCAAAAAAUUCAAUUUUUGACAGAGGGGUAAUGUUUAGCGAGACAAGUCCUAUAAAGUUACUAUUCUAUUUCGAGUCCAAGUUACUAGACUAUUCGCAGUCUAUAAGCCCUGUUUCGACUACCUUAGUAUUUUAGUCGAGUACGAACGGUUUUGGGGGGUAAAUCAAAAAAUCGAUCGUACUAGACUAAAAUACUAAGUAGUCUGAACUAGGCAUAACUGCCAAUUUGUUUUCACUACCCACAUCCCUAAGCGCGCUGCGCUGCAGACAGUACACUUGACCGUGUGUGGCUGGCGUUAUGUGCUUAUUUAAAUUCCGCUCGAUUGCUUGUAGACGCCAAAUGUUUACCAGUAUACUCGCCAACGAACGUGUAGAUUCGAAAAUCGGACUGAAGAUGCCCAACAAAAUAUGUUUUGUAUUUUGUCAUACAAAAAAUAAUCACUACAUUCUUUACGUAACGUUGUAGAAAAUAUCAAACUGGAUUGAUUAUUAUUAUCUCCCGAAAGACAACCAAGCUAAGAAAGGUAAGAAUUGCCCUUAGAAUGUAGAAAACACCAGAAACCACGUCCAGCCGUCAUUAUAAAGUACGCAGUGUGUCCAAAAAUUGCUUAUUGUGUCUAAUCGCUUGUUCGUGAAAUUACACCAAGAAAGAGUAAUUUUAACAGCUUCAUUCUUAUGCUCCAUCACACCUUCUGGAGUUUUCUGUAUUCUGAGGAUUUGCCAUUUGUCCACGCAGGUACUUAGAUUACAGAAAAUCCAGAUCUGAAACUCUAGCCUGUCUCUGGACUAAAUUUUUUUUUAUGUAAUGCCAAUGUCAUGUGAUAGCUAUUUUAGAUUUAACCUAACCUUGUUUAUAAAAAACCUUUGCUUUUUUAAAUUAAAUUGUGCUAUAUGUAUAGUUGAUUAUGUUCUAUUUUAUUGUAAAGUUGUUAUUUAAUAAUAAAGAUAUACUUUUUUAAACCUGCUUUUCAUUAUUUCCAAGCUAAACUACAUAGAUGCAUUUCUACUGAAGCAGUGAUGUUUGGAUAUAAAAUGUAAAAUUAUAUGCAGGUACAAUUCUGAUUAUACUUGUAUGAAUAUCCGUGAGACUAGAGAAUGUUUAUGAUACCUUCAAACCUUUUUUAUUUUAUGCUAGCUAGCUAAGCUAAGGUUCCAAAAAAAAAGUUACUUUACAGACACUUGCGUUUCCUUAUUAAUUAUGUAUGGGUACUAAUACUAAUCUCUUUCCUACAGCUUCGUGGUAAUCAAUUAAAAGUAAAAGAAAAAAGAUUUGGCUAAUUAA